GGUGACCUCACCCUCUCCAGCACCCCCUUCUUGAUGCCAGCUAUGAGCUCCUGCAACUUCACACAUACCACCUUUGUACUUAUUGGUAUCCCAGGAUUAGAAGAAGCCCAUUUUUGGAUCGGCUUCCCCCUGCUUUCAAUGUAUGCCGUGGCAGUGUUUGGAAACUGCAUCGUGGUCUUCGUCGUAAGGACAGAACGCAGCCUACAUGCUCCCAUGUACCUCUUUCUCUGCAUGCUGGCAGCCAUUGACCUGGCCUUGUCCACAUCCACCAUGCCCAAGAUCCUCGCCCUCUUCUGGUUUGAUUCCCGGGAGAUUACUUUUGAUGCCUGCAUUACCCAGAUGUUUUUUAUUCAUGCUCUCUCAGCUAUUGAGUCCACUAUCCUGCUGGCCAUGGCCUUUGACCGUUAUAUAGCCAUCUGCCACCCACUGCGCCAUGCAGCAGUGCUCAACAAUACAGUAACAGCCCAGAUUGGCAUGGUGGCUGUGGUCCGUGGAUCCCUCUUCUUUAUCCCACUGCCUCUGCUCAUCAAGCGGCUGGCCUUCUGCCACUCCAAUGUGCUCUCACACUCCUACUGUGUGCACCAGGAUAUGAUGAAGCUGGCCUAUGCAGACACGUUGCCCAAUGUGAUCUAUGGUCUUACUGCCAUUCUGUUGGUUAUGGGCGUGGAUGUCCUCUUCAUCUCCUUGUCCUAUUUUCUGAUUAUACGAACAGUUCUACAACUACCUUCCAAGUCAGAGCGGGCCAAGGCUUUUGGAACCUGUGUGUCACACAUCGGUGUGGUGUUAGCCUUCUAUGUUCCUCUCAUUGGCCUCUCAGUGGUUCACCGUUUUGGAAACAGCCUUGAUCCCAUUGUGCAUGUUCUCAUGGGUGAUGUUUAUCUACUUCUGCCUCCUGUGAUCAAUCCCAUCAUCUACGGUGCCAAGACCAAACAGAUAAGAACUCGGGUGCUAGCUAUGUUCAAGAUCAGCUAUGACAAGGACCCUCAGGCUGUGGGGAACAGGUGA